AUGCCCUAUUCCUGCUCUGUGGGUAAGUACCAGUCUACCACUUCUACUACUGCUGCUGCUGCUACUGUACUGUUCUGCGCUAUGCAAGAAGGUGGUCGGUGUAUGCCUCUGUGCAUUCUAUUACAGUAUCUCUCGAAAAGCUUGUGCGAGGGCGAGACCGGAAGGCCGCCCGAAUCUGCAACAGGACCACCAUUACCACCAUCAUCACCACCCUACCACCAUUCUCAGCUGCGAAGACGCCCAGGCCAAAUGAACCAUGGUGAUGACGAUGCGCCCGCUUGGGAUUCGUCACUGCUCUCGAGGAAAGCGAGUCGGUGGCUUGGUUAUUGGCUGCCCACGAAUGAAUGUCAAUCAUCACAUGUGCAGUCCCGCACCAUCAUCCGCUCGUCAUUGGGGAGAAGCACCACCCAUAGAAACAUCAUCACCGCAUUCUUUCACUACUACUACUACUACUACUACUACUACUACUACUACUACUACUACCACCACUACUACUUCAGACAUACGAUUUCUUGUUCCGUAUGA